AUGCCGAGUCUGGCCCGCAUCCUCCUCGCCGCGGCCGCCCUGCUCGCCUCCGCGCCCAUCGCCGCCGCCCUCACCAUCCCCUACGACCUCCCCGACGGCGUCUACCAGAUCGACUGGCUCCCCGGCGGCAAGAACUCCAUCGCCUCGUGGACCUACUUUGACAUCCCCCACGACGUCAACAUGACCAACACCAAGUGGAACGGCAAGCUGCCGCUGCCCGUCAAGCACUACGACAUCCACUGCCUGCUCGAGGACCAUCGCAUGGAGAACGUCACCGUCUCCAACUUUACGCGCCCGGACGACCAGUCCAAGGCGAUGGCGAUGCUGGGCAACUGGUGCGAGAUCACAACGUACGUGCAAAAGGACGCCAUGGUGUUUGGCCUGCACAACGACAUGAUGUGGUACGUCUGCAACUGGGACAACAUGCACAACUACCAGGAGAACCAGCAGCGCUGCUCCAGGCGUGAGAUUGCGGAGGCGUCGAGGCUGAUUACGAGCCGCUGCGGCGAGGAGACGCGCGGCGAGCUGAGUAUCGGCCUAUGGCAGAAGACGUACGGGAGGAGUCAUCGCUUCGGGGACGUUUGCAAUGGGAAGGAUACGUGGAGCGAGAACUAA